GUGUUGGGAUAUAAUUUAAAGGUGUGACUCUCAACUGCCUGUGUCCGUCAACUGUACAGCUGAUCUGAUCUCAGCACAGAUCGACCAUCGUCUCUACCUUGGGGGAUCGGAACAUCUCACAGAGUACAAGGUCCGACAGGGCUAUGCCCUGGCACUUAUCAGAUGUGUGAACUUCAUCACUGACCACUACCAGCUGGACAGGAACAAUGUGGCCGUCCCAAUUCAUCGCAUCGGGGAGGAGAUUGGCAUCCCGGAGUGGAUAGUGUCCCUGCGCCAUGAAGGAACUCACCGUGCGAUGCCCUCCCUAGAUGUCCUGUCCCGGGGAACAAUGUGGGCUGUUGACUGGCUUAAGCAUAACUUCUGGGAGAGACAACUUGUUCCCUGUAGUACCUCAAGCAGAAACAGGGAGUUCAAAAGUAAGCUGACAAAAUCUCUCAUAAAAUCGGUGUCAAACAGAAUGAAGUCCUACAAGAAGAUUCGUUUCCAGACCAAAGAGACGUCCGAGUACCCAGUAAUGAUGGAUGUGAUGAGACAGAAGGGCAGUGAGGAACAGGCCGCACGGCUCAUUAUUGCGUAUCAACAAAUACGCUUCCAGGAGCUGGCUGGGAAGACAUUUGAUGUGAGUGACCUUCAGACAGGUGAUGAAGGUCAGAAGGUAUUGCAAGAGAUGAAGAAACUAUUGUCAGUAGCGACGGAGAGCACCCUCGUCCUGCUGCUGGAGCCUGGAUGUCUGCUGCCCACAGAGGAACAGCUCACACACAUGGGCAUCCGUCAGACUGUAGGUUGUCUACCAGGAGAAAUGCUAUCUAACUUUUGUGAAAAACACGAAAACCUAUUCUUCUGUUUGUCACCAUUAGAAUAUAUAUAAUCCUAUACAUUAUUAACAUGAUCAACAUUUCACAAAUGAUAAAACCAUGGACAGAUGAAUCAGCAUCAAAGUGUACUGUACAACUCUUCGCAUUGUUUGGGUCCGAGAGCAGUGGAACCGCCUCCGUGGUGUAGUGGUUAGAGCGUCU